CGCAGCCCCACGCUCCCCACUCCCCACCGUUCCAACACUUGUCUCCCGCACCCGCACCCGCUCGCCAAACCCUAGCUGCCGCCGCCCCCGCCCCCGCACGAUGGCCGUCGACGGCGAGGAGCCCGAAUCUCCCCACGCCUCCCUGUCCUCCGCCAUGGCCACAGCGGGCCUUCCGGAUCCGUGCCUCCUCGCGCCGACGUCGUCUCUCCGAUCCAGAUCGACGCCACCUGGGGAGCUGGGCAAGGGUGUGUGGGGGUACUGGGAGCUGGGCGCGUGGAAGCCGCUGGGGAUCAGCGGCCGGCAGCGCGCGCGGCUCCGCAAGGAGGUGCUCCUCGCCGGCGAGGACUGGGCCUACGACCCGCCCCGCGGCGAGAUGCGCACCAAGCGCAAGGGCAACAAGGUCGACUGCAUCGCCGCCGAGAAGCGUGCCAACACCGUUGAGCUGAUGAAGAAGAUGCCCCAGAUGCUCCUCGACUACAAGGUUCAGGGGUCCAGGCAUAUGGCUCACUGUUCGUACUGUCCGAAUACAGCGGCUUCAGCUUCGCCUGCUGGUCGUCUGCACCGGAUGCCGCGCCCGGGGCUGCCGGUGGCCUCGAGGACGACGCCCAGGCUCAAGGCGUACAAGGGUGUGCCGCCGCCGUACGACAGGACCAAGCGCAUGGUCAUCCCUGACGCGCUCAAUGUUCUGAGGCUGCGGCCUGGGCACAGGUACUGCCUCCUCGGCCAGCUCUCCAAGGAGGUCGGAUGGAACUACGCUCACACCAUCAGGGCCCGGCAGCCUUGUCCUAGCUGGGUCAGCAAAAUCUGAAGCCAAGGUUGUGCUCUUUGAUCCUGGAACUGUUGUCGAGAUGGAUGAAGAGGGGUGCUGGUUGGAGGACCCAGAACCCUCCCAGCUACUGUGUCUCACGGUGCCCCUACCCUGCCUGCCUGAAUGGCCAAAUUUUUGAGUUAGCCUAGUUUGGCAGCACUGUAUUUAAAAUACCAUAGUAUCUCAAAGCUUCGGUAUUGCAAUGCGUGGGCAAUGAAUACUACGGUUUUAAAGAAACUACAUUUUUCUCAGUUUUAAAAAAACUACCGAUGCGUUUGGCUGAUGUUGUUUUACUGUAGUUUUGAUCGAUAGUCACACAACUUAAUCUAACUUAUACUAAACCUAUGGAGCUACACGAAUCAGUGUGUGCCGGCCGGCUGCAUGCAACGCUGUAUGGUCUUCUGACCGCUGAGCUAGGAAGUUGCAGACUUGAUCGGCAGUAGCUAAUUACAAAGAAUAGGAAUCAGUAUCCUAUUUUAAUUAGUGUGGUGCAUGCCAUUGAAAGGACGUGUGGUUGGUUAUGCUUGUGAACCAAGCUGCACGGUAGUCAAACCAGCAGAUGACACGAGCGACUUUUCCUCAGUUUGAGAAAAAGAGGUCCAGACCACUUUUUUAAUACUCCAAGAAAACCACAGUAACAACAAUACCACUGUAUAUGAAAAUGCAGUUUUUGGUAUAGCCAAACGCCUCAAAGUAUUCAAAACUACAGUUUUUCAAAAACUAUGGUAUUCUAGUAAUGCUUCAAAAAUACUUUGCAUCCAAACGGGGCCUGCAAUUAGCACAUAGCUGCGUUGUACAGUUGCUUAUAUAAUCAGAUGUUGUAUGUAGUCACGUACGCUUUCCAAUUUUGAUCCAAUGCUUGCUUCCUAGCUCACGUGUGUCAGUUUUUCAGAUAGUUGCGACUCCUUGCGCAUCACCCCUCCACUAACUAGUAAAAGUAAAUAAAAUCGAUGUUUAUGCUCACUCCUUGUCUUCAUAUACCUUUUCAGUUGGCUGUUACUUCUCUGGUUUUAUAUUGAGUUUGGGAAUUUGGUAUUGAUGAUAGUCCGGCGACUCUGUCAUCUGAUGCGCAAGUCCAUGCACGUCGGCUCUCUGGGUCGUCCAGUAAAGCUGUCGAAGGAGCUCCAUGCUGAAGAACAUAAUACUUGUAGAGCUUGAAGAAGAAGGCUGUUCACAAGAUGGCAGGAAGAAGCAGGCUGAUUCGAUUAGAUCCUCAAGAGGCUGGCCUUUCAUGUUUCUUCACGAGCAUCAGGACAAAGAAGUUGGAAGAAGCAUAAGUUCUAGCUCAUUGGAGCUAGUUCUGGGAGCAAUGAAACCCUUUAGGCUGAUCCUAUUUGUAUGUGUUUUAUAUGAUGUAGCAGAACUUGUAGGGCUCAUGUGAUAGACUCGUGUGGUAGACCGUAUACUUGUAGAGCUGUUAUCUAAUUGUAAACUUGAUGCUUAUCACAUUUGUAUGUAUGUUAUAUGAUGUAGCAGAUUGCUUCUUGCUGUUA